CCCACCUCUGGGUCCUGUCCUGCGUCUCACCCCAAUUCCCUCCCCCUCCUCUGGCAAACACCGCGUUGUGCCGGCGAGAAAUUGGGCGCUCGAGAGGUCCGUCUGGAUCUGACGAUGGCGAUCCCUGAGGCGACGACGACGGCGUUGGCCUCUGGAUCGACGAGGGCGACAACCGAUUCAGCGGCGCGCGAGGUGGCGUACGACUUGGACGCCGCCGGCCCGGCUCUGUCGUAGCCGUGGGCUCGCCGGAGAUGCAGCCGUUGGGCCAGGGCCCGGUGUCGCGGGGCCAGCUUUGCGAUUUGCCUGGCGUCUCGUCUUCCGGCGCGUCCUGCACUACGUCAAGUUCCGGUGGCGGAGGCAGGCUCUGGCGACGGCGCGCGCACCGUCGAGUCGCAAGUCCUGUCCAGUCCUACAGCCUGGGCGACGCCGAUCCUAGCGGCUUUUCGGGCGUAGGCGUGGGCUCGCCAGAGAUGCAGCCGUUGGAUGGGGGGCCGACACUGCAGGGGCAGGGUUGCCUAGUGCCUGAUGUCAACUCCUCCGGCGCUUCCUGUACAACCUUCAGUUCAGGUGCCGGAGGUGUGGCGUCGGCAGGCUCCGGCGACGGGGCGCGCACCGUCGACUCGUGCAGCGCGGUUCAGUCGUACCACCCCGGUGUCCCGACUGCGACAAACACCACCAUCCACGUUGGGUGGAAACGCAGGCCAAGAGGGCCACGCGGCCCAGAUGAGAGGGCAGUAGUAGUUGAUCGUGUGCCGGCGCUUGAAGCUGCUAUCCGAGGAUUCGCUAAUAGGGGAACCAAGGUGGUUGUCAACCCAACGCUUGGUACAGUCUUUGAUUCGCUUGCAGAGGCGUACGAAUUCUUCAAUCUGUAUUCAUGGGAGGUUGGUUUCGGUAUUCGUUACGGCAAGAGCAGGCAGAAUGUCAAUGGGACCAAGUGCAUGCAGGAGAUCGUGUGUGGGUGUGCUAAUCGGAUGCCUGGCUUCCGGUUUGUUCCGGACACAAACCACCUCGUCCUGGUCCCUAGGCACCUUUGGCACAAGAUCAAUGGCAGCGGGGACGAGGAGCUCUGGGACAUCUCGGCACAACGGCAAUGGAUGAGUACGGCGAGGCGCUUCUGGGUAGUGUGGAAAAGAGGUUGCCAAUGA